GGUUAUGAAGACUGAGAAAUGCGAGUUCCGUGAAACGCUCACCGCUUGCCCCGCCCAGUGCCUCGGAGACCGCCCCACGGCCCCGCCCCACGCAGCGGGGGCAUCGCAGGUUCCCGCCCGUCCUGGAGGAGGGGAGCGGCGCUGCUCGCAGGUCUGGCUGGCCGUCCUCCCUGCCGUGCUCCCAGGUCAGUCACCCCCGUCGCCCAUCCUUCCCGGCCUGGCCUCUCUGCUUCCAGGAGCUGAUCCCGAGGGCGCGCUCAGGGGCACGCGCGGAAGCUGGGCCGAAGGGGGCUGCGGGCGCCGCCGCGUAAACGUGAGGCUGGGGGUUGAUGCCGGCGAGGAGAAGGCGGCGCGGCCCGGGUGCUGGGCACCCCCCUGGGGCCCACGUGAACCGCGCGCCAACGCCGCCUUGGCCCCGUACAGCCGCCCGCGGAAAUCCAAAUCCCUCGUCUCCACCCGCACCGCAUCUCCGGCGGCCUGAUCUGCCUUCCCCAGGCCUCCGUCCUGGUCCGAGGCGCGGCCCCUGCCCGGCUCCCCCGACAGCGAGCCCCAGGCUUCCUCGCCAGCUCUUGGCGGUCCUGGGCUUCUGCCGCCUUCCCCGCCUCCGCUUGGGGCCCCUCUGUCCCCUGCGCCCCUCAGAGCUCCAGACCUCGCGCGGAUCCUCCUGGGGCCGGUCCUGAGAGCAGAGCCCCCCGCUGCAGCUCCUGGCCUCUCCGUAACCCCGACGGUUACUUGUAGGCAAACAGGACCCCCGUUUUGCCCAUGGGAAGACGGGGUUGGUGAGGGCCAAAGACGCCCAGGGCGAGGCAACCCCGUGCGCUCAGCUCCGAGCAGGCCGUUCUUCAGGACGCCCUACAGCUGAGGGGACCGUCUCCCGGGAGCGCUGUGAGCUGUGGACACCACGCGGUGGUGAAGAGUGACCCCCCCCCCCGGGGCGGCCGCGCUGCCUGAACCUGCCUCAGCCCGCGAGGGGAGACGGGCCGUGGGGGCAGGCGGGAGAGGGAGGCCCCGGGAGGAGGCGAGCGGGGCUGAGAGGACGCGCGGGAGGGGCUCUGGAGAGGCCGCAGGAGGCGCGUUCGGGAGGGACGACCUUUGCUGGGAGGACGAGGCCUCAGGUGGACGCUGUUGGCCGGUGGGCAGGAGCCCGAGUUCUGCAGGAGCGGCCUAAAUUGGUUACUGAGCGCGGAAGAAGGGACGGAAAGUGAGCGCUCCUGGGCCACGUGGGGCCGAGAGAAAGGCCACCGCCUGUUUUCUUUAAAAUCAGUGUCACACAUGGACGCCCCUAGAGAACUGGUCUGGUUUGGAAGAAGGCUGAGGAUGCAGGCGGGGACACCAAAGAAUCGGGCUCCAGGAGGUGGGAACUCAUGGACUCCGAGUCCUCACAGGAGGUGCCCUGGGCGGCAGGAGUGGGAGGGGAGGCCCAUGUCCCUGCAGUCCCCGACACCCACGACCCCCGGGACACCCACACCCCCGGGACACCCACGCCCCCCAGACACCCACGCCCCCCAGACACCCACGCCCCUGGGACACUCACACUUCUGGUAUACCCUCGCCUCCGGAACACCCACACCCCCGGGACACCCACGCCCCCCAGACACCCACGCCCCUGGGACACUCACACUUCUGGUAUACCCUCGCCUCCGGAACACCCACACUCCCGGGACACCCACGCCCCCGGGACACCCACACUUCUAGGACACCCACACCCUUGGAGGCUGGUGUGAGCAGAGCCGGUGACCGCCCUGGGAUGAAAGCAGAUUUGCAUCAGAAAAGCUCUCAAGAACUGAGGAAAACCUGAUGAAGAACACACGAUUAUCUGGAAGGAACAGAAUGGAGCAAAGAAGAUAAAAUCGCCUGCACCCCAGUCCCAGGGAAGGCCAAGCUGGAGCGGUCACUUCCUCUCGAGCAGGGAACACCCUCCUUGGGGGGCACUGCGGUAGCCACCCCGCGGGCUGGCUCUUUGCCAUGGGAGGUGAAGGAGGUGAUGUUGGCCCCCACUGGGCCCCGGGACAAAACCAGUGGCAGUCCCUGCUCACCUCUAUGAGGCCCCGGCUUCCACGGCAUGUCCCGUGUUUUCUCCUCCUGAGGCCUCAGCGACCCCACCUGGGGCAGGAAGGUGGCCGGGGUCAUGAGGCCAUGCUGUGAGCUAGGGCUGCAGCCCCACAUCCCAGGCACUGUCCCUCACAGCCCACCCCCCCACUCGCCAUCCCCACACGCCAUCCCCACGCCCCACUAGCCAUCCUCACGCCACACCCCCUACUCGCCAUCCCCAUGCCCCACUCACCAUUCCCAGGCCCCACCCCCACUUGCCAUCCCCACCCCCCACUCCCCAUCCCCAUGCCACACCUUCCAUCCCCAUGCCACACCCCCCACGCCAUCCCCUCACCCCAUCCCCACACCCCACACACCCUUUCCAUGCCCCAUCCCCCACACUCCACACGCCCCAUCCCCCACACCUCCAUGCCCCAUCCCCCACACCCCACACGCCCCAUCCCCCACACCCCACACGCCCCAUCCCCCACACCCCACACGCCCCAUCCCCCACACCCCACACGCCCCAUCCCACACGCCCCAUCCCCCACACCCCACACGCCCCAUCCCCCACACCCCACACGCCCCAUUCCCCACACCCCACACGCCCCAUCCCCCACACCCACACGCCCUAUUCCCCACACCCCACACGCCCCAUCCCCCACACCCCACACGCCCCAUCCCCCACACCCCACACGCCCCAUCCCCCACACCCCACACGCCCCAUCCCCCACACCCCACACACCCCAUCCCCCACACCUCCAUGCCCCAUCGCCUGCACCCCACAUGCCGUUUCCCACGUCCCAUCCCCCACACCCCACACAUUUUCCCACACCUCACCCCCACACCCCAUGCCCCAUCCCUCAUCCCCCACAUGCUGUUUCCCAGGCCCCACCCCCCCAUGGCCCAUCCCCCACACCCCACACGCCAUCCCCACCCCCCAUCCUCCACACCCCAUCUCCUAUGCCCCACAUGCUGUUUCCCACACCCCAUCCCCCACGCACCGUCCCCUACCUGUGCUCCCCAGCCUGGGAGCACCCUGUGCGCACUUCCCACACUCUGAGAGGCCCCAGACUCCCUGGGCUUGUCCGACCUCACAGGCAGGGGCCCAUGGGGGCCAGGAAAGCACCACCCACUCCUAAAGUUCUUUGAAAAAUAAUCCCGCCAAAGCCUGGACCACCAAGAAGGGCCUCCCCUCCUGUGCCUGGAUGCUGGUUUCUAGAAGGAAAGAAAUUGAACAGGAGCCGCCAGAAAACCCUCCUGGUGGAUGGGGGUGUCCGGAGCAAGGGCGGGGUUUGGGAAGCCCGGGCUGGCUCCUGGAUUUGCCCACUGCCCUUCCACCAAGUUUAUGGGGAAAACCUCCCCGGACGCACCUGCAGCCAGGCAGCCCUGAAGCCCAAGCAGAAGGCAGAGGAGCCUGAGGGCCUGGGAGACCAUGAUGAAAUCUCUGCAGUGCUGCCCCUGCCUGUUGACAUUCCCCAUGGGACUGACGGGCAAAGUUCUCUGCCUCCAAGGGCGACAGAGGGAUGGGGGAGGGGAGGACAGAGGCGUCCUCUGAACACCCCAGCUGAGAGCUGCACCUGGCCGGCCAGUGGCCAUUCAUCCCCUGCUGCCCAGCCACGGAGCUCAAGUGGGGGGACAGGAGAAAGGUCAGGCGACCCCAGCUGUGCUGCAGAGCGGACGGUUUUGUUGCCAGCGUGCAGGUGUUAAGGUGUGUGUGGCACCAACACUUCAAAUACGAUCUAGAAUUCCAAACCCCUAGGAUAUAGGAAUGUAAGUUGGGAAACAGAUUUAAACUGCAGAUGAAAACUUGUCCCAUAGUAAUCAUGCGAGUCAAAUCUCAAGAGUGUAUCUUGGGUGUGGAUGUAAAUAUUUGAAGAGAGCCUCCAGACCAGGCCAGCUAGGCCGUUGCCUGCAAGGGAGGCUGGUUUCUUAGGUGAGCCACAGAGCCUCACUGAGAAGUGCCGGGAAUAGGAUCAUUCUGGCCCUGAGCUAGGCACCCCCACUCCGUUUUGACUGCAGGCAGCACCCCCAUUCUCCAGCGGUCCACAUCUUACGUCUUUUUGUUUGUUUUGUUUUGUUUGUUUGAGACAGAGUCUUGCUCUGUUGCCAGGCUGGAGAGUGCACUGGUGCAAUCUCACUGCAACCUCCACCUCCCGGGUUCAAGUGAUUCUUGUGCCUCAGCCUCCUGAGUAGCUGGGACCACAGGUGCACGUCACCAUGCCUGGCUAAUUUAUAUAUAUAUAUAUAUAUAUUUUUUUUUUAGCAGAGAUGGGGUUUCACCGUGCUGACCAGGCUGGUUUCGAACUCCUGACCUCAAGUGAUCCACAUGCCUCGGCCUCCCAAAGUGCUGGGAUUACAGGCGUGAGCCACUGUGCCCGGCUGGCGGCAGUCCACGUCAUUUCUACAUGCUGUCAUGGGCCCAAGCCACAAGCUGUGGUGACUAACCACCCCAGGUUGCCCAGGGACUGAGGGUUCUCAGAAUGUGGAACUUUCCAUCCCAAAAACACUGGGGUAGACGGUCAUCCAAGCCUCCUGGGUUGCCCAGCAGGCCUGGCUGACCCCUCAAGCAGGGAGUAUCCUCCAUGUGAACAGUUGCAUUGCUGAUGACUUCUUUGGAAGCUGAUGUCCAGUUCUUCUUACGGCUGGAGGGAGGGAGGUGAUUCCUUCCCACCAGCCAAGUCUUAGCUCAGGGGUGCCUUUCAAAGCAGCCCCCAGCACCCCCAAAGCCUCCCUGCUUGCUGCUGACCUGCAUCUCAGUCCAGGGAGCAGAGCACUUGCUGAGGGGCCAACAGGGCAUGUUUUCUCUUCCACCCAGCACAGCUGAAGCCCAUCUGUGCCCCUCCAUGAUAUCGAUCCCAGGGAGAUCGCUUACAAAGUAGCUGCUCGGUCUGGAAUAAAGCUCACGUCCAGCUCAAAUCUGGUCCCCGCGGCUCUCGGCCAGCACAGCCCAAGACACCACUAAGCUGUCGACGCCAAUCUGAGCUGGCCGUGGCUGUUCCCUCCCGUGGCUCUGUGCACGCUGUCCAGUUCUAGAGAGCAGACUGCCCGCAUCCCGUGAGUUAGAAACAAGCUUUUAAAUUGCCAAACAGUGUUUCAAUGAUCUUCCCAUUGUUUUGCAAAUAUUUUGUUUGUGCUCCAUGUGUGCUGGAAAAUAACGCAGAUUUCUCUACGUUUAGGGGCAAACAGGGAUCACUUUUCAUGACAGUCAACAUUGCUGUCUGCCGACUGCCAACUUUGCUGUGUUUUGAGCUUUAUAGUCAGUGGCUUAUGAGUUCCUGAUUGCCACGCAGCCCCCUUUACUCUAUGAACUGUCCUGAAUUCCAUUUCAGGUCAUCGAUACUGCUACACCAGCUUUCUUAUGGUGUUUGUCUGUUCUGUCUUCUUUUAUUUUAAAUCUCCAAUCUAUAUAUAAUUUUGCUUGAUGGUCUCUAAGCAGUGACUUGUCACGUCUGAUCCGAUGCUCUUCCAGGCCAGCAUAACAUGAUCACGCCUGUUGUGAGUCAGACACAUCUGGGCUGUCUCUUCCGUUACAUGUUGUUUCCUGUUAACCAUGCUUUCCUCUUUCUCCACCCUUCCCUUCUUCUAUUGGAUCAAUACCCUUUCUUUAUGCUCCCUUUUCUGCUCUGGAGCAUGUCGGCUGCAUCGUGAUUCUGUAAUGGUUCCUCUACGCUUCCUCUGCUGCCUUUGCGUUUCUGACACGCACAACCUUGUUGCUAUUUUGUCAUCAUCGCCGUCUGACAGAAGAAAGCAAAGCGGUUGCUCGGUGCCUGAGCCGCACGCUGGGCCCUGCCCACUGCCGGCUUCUUUUCCGUCCGAACAAUGACUUACCAUGUGCAAGCACAGUGCACUGCAGCCCUGGAAACCCCGACCGCUGAGACGUUCUGUGUCUUGACAGACAAAGGCAGAUGGCAGGAGUUGCUGAUAUUUAUUCAAACGUCAUCCAUACAAUAAAGAACUCUGCUUUUAAAAUUCCAUUUACAUCAGCAGUUAAAAAAAAGUGACAGUGGAUGAAACAUGAAGCUGUAAAGUGCCUUUAUGGGGAGGGUCACACAAGGGCGCGCAGCUGUGCGACGAGACGGAGGCACCGCGCCUGCACAGUACAUCAGGGACAUCGCAGGACACAGCACGCGUUCCAAAUAACUUA